GGAACCAAAAUAGGCGCUCCUUUCUCUGGAGGAACUUUAGGUUAAGUAAUUGUGUGGUAGCUCGGGUGGACUGGUCCGUAUAAUCACACGUUGAAACUUACAGAGCUUCAGCUGAGCGGCGGACAUGGUCUCCACGGUCCUGAACACCGACGUAAAGCAGAAGGAUUCUGAGCAUGCAGUGGUUGUGGCGGUAGCGUCUCGCGCAGUGUUUGAACAAGGAGCAGGAGGUGAUGAUGGUGUGUACGCAGAAGGCAUGGCUUUUCCACUGCUGCAGGCGCUGCAGAAAGUGAACAAACGUCUGCUGGAGGAAAAUUCUGCCGAGUCGCUGCUGUUUGACAUUGUCCUGAUCACCACCGACAGCCAGCAGCAGCAGCAAAGCUUUCACCUUAUCAGCAGCACCAAACAUUAUGGUCUUGAAGUCAGCAGGUUCUGUUUUUCCACUGAGGAGGAUUUCAUUGAAAAUCUGUUGCAAAAUAACGUGCAUCUCUUUCUGUCGACAGACAGACACGAGGUGUCACAGACUUCACAGAAAGGUGUUCUGUCAGCGCUGCUGGAUGAGUACACAGCUUCCUGUCCAUCUGAACAGCUCAGAGUUUUGUUCUGCGGUGACGCCGUCAUCAGGCCCGGUACCAACCAAACACCUGCAAGCAGACAGACUGCUCAGACCUUCUCAGCUCAGCUGGGCAAGAUGCGGCAGAAGUUUGGCAUAUCUGACAGCCCUCUCAGCAUCGCCCUAAUGACGUCGUGUGGUGGCAGGGACAGCUGUGGUGGUGCUCUGCAGACACUGCGGUCUCUUGGUGUAAGUGCAGACGAGGCAUACUGUCUGGCUGGGGCCCCACGGGGCCCCAUCCUGUCCGUGCUCAGACCUCAUUUUCUUCUUAGCAACAGCUUUGGCGUCCUGGAGGACUGAUGACAUGAUGACUUGAUGAAUCGGCCUCACAAAAAACUUCAGUGUCUCUGAAACAAGCUGCCAAGUCCUCAGACUGAAUUGAGUUUAUCACCGGUUUAAACAAACUUUCAAAUCUCAUCCAGCUUUAAAGAGCCAAUGAGGAAUCCAGAGUGAAGCCCCAGCCACCGCUAAAAGUGUUGUAAUAAAGGGACAACAUUUUAACUUGAUUUACUGAUGCUGUUGUUUUUGUUGUUGUUGUUGUUUUGGUGAUGGUUGGGUGAGAGUAUGGAUGUCAUUUAUUUUUUUUUAAAGAUGUGUGUAUAUAAGGGGAAACUGGAAUUAGAGUUUAAUUUGAAUAAGUGUAAUUGUUGCUUUCCUGACUUGUUCUGCUUUGUUUCUAAUUAAAAAUGUAAAAAUAAUAUUUCUGAUGUUGUAAAAAUUAAAGACAUCUAUUUUUGCAAACA